AUGGGGAAGAGGUUGGCUACUAAAACUGCACGUUUGAUUUAGCAGGUGAAGUUUUUAAUAUUUAAUGUGAGUAUUUUAGGACCCCAGAUAUGAUGUUUGUUAUGUAAUCUGUACUAACAGUUUUGCAAUGGGAAACUCUUCCCCUACUGGUUUGAGAGUUGAGUCAUAUCCUGUGAAUCUAAAGCUACGUUAUUUAAACAUCACGGGUUCUUCUUACUUUCAUUCCAAGUCGCUGCUGUGCAGAGCAGCAAGUGCUCCGUGCAGGGCUGUUGCUAUCACUUGGAGGUGAACAGCCCCUUUUGCCAGUAUUCAGUGAAGAAAGGCAAGUCUAAAUAUGCAGUUCUCUCACUGGAGUGAAAGAUGUUUUGUUCAUUUCUAAUCAACUAUGCUAGACAGCUGCAAGCUGAAAAGUGCCUGCAAUUUGCCAUUUAUUUGUAAUAAGAAAAAAAUAAGCACUGCUGGAACCAGUAAUGCGGAAGUCCCCUUGGCUGAUCCCGGCAUGUACCAGCUGGACAUUACAUUAAGAAGGGGUCAAAGUUUAGCUGCUCGAGAUCGAGGAGGGACAAGUGAUCCAUAUGUGAAGUUUAAAAUCGGAGGAAAAGAAGUUUUUAGAAGUAAGAUAAUACACAAGAACCUCAACCCUGUGUGGGAAGAAAAAGCUUGCAUUCUGGUUGAUCAUCUUAGGGAGCCACUGUAUAUAAAGGUAUUUGACUAUGAUUUUGGACUACAGGAUGACUUUAUGGGCUCAGCCUUUCUGGAUCUGACACAAUUGGAGUUAAACAGGCCCACAGAUGUGACCCUUACUCUGAAAGAUCCUCAUUAUCCUGACCAUGAUCUUGGAAUCAUUUUGCUCUCAGUCAUCCUUACCCCUAAAGAAGGAGAGUCCAGGGAUGUGACAAUGCUAAUGAGGAAGAGUUGGAAAAGAUCAAGUAAGGAACUUUCAGAAAAUGAAGUGGUUGGAUCUUAUUUCUCUGUGAAGUCUCUCUUUUGGAGGACGUGCGGCAGGCCAGCUCUUCCUGUCCUGGGCUUCUGCAAAGCAGAGCUUCAGAGUCCUUAUUGCAAAAAUGCACAAUUUCAGACCCAAAGUUUACGCCUAUCAGACCUACACAGAAAAUCACAUCUUUGGAGAGGAAUAGUCAGCAUCACCUUGAUUGAAGGGAGAGACCUCAAGGCCAUGGAUUCCAAUGGGUUGAGCGAUCCCUACGUGAAGUUCCGGCUUGGGCAUCAGAAGUACAAGAGCAAGAUUAUGCCAAAAACGUUGAAUCCUCAGUGGAGGGAACAAUUUGAUUUUCACCUUUAUGAAGAAAGAGGAGGAAUCAUUGAUAUCACUGCAUGGGACAAAGAUGCUGGGAAAAGGGAUGAUUUUAUUGGCAGGUGCCAGGUCGACCUGUCAGCCCUCAGUAGGGAACAGACGCACAAGCUGGAGCUGCAGCUGGAAGAGGGUGAGGGACACCUGGUGCUGCUGGUCACUCUGACAGCAUCAGCCACAGUCAGCAUCUCUGACCUCUCCGUCAACUCCCUGGAGGACCGGAAGGAACGAGAGGAGAUAUUAAAGAGAUAUAGCCCAUUGAGGAUAUUUCACAACCUGAAAGAUGUGGGAUUUCUCCAGGUGAAAGUCAUCAGAGCGGAAGGGUUAAUGGCUGCUGACGUCACUGGAAAAAGCGACCCAUUUUGUGUGGUAGAGCUGAACAAUGAUAGACUGCUAACACAUACUGUCUACAAAAAUCUCAAUCCUGAGUGGAACAAAGUCUUCACAUUCAACAUUAAAGAUAUCCAUUCAGUUCUUGAAGUGACAGUUUAUGAUGAAGAUCGGGAUCGAAGUGCUGACUUUCUGGGCAAAGUUGCUAUACCAUUGCUGUCUAUUCAAAAUGGUGAACAGAAAGCCUACGUCUUGAAAAACAAGCAGCUGACAGGGCCAACAAAGGGGGUCAUCUAUCUUGAAAUAGAUGUGAUUUUUAAUGCUGUGAAAGCCAGCUUACGAACAUUAAUACCCAAAGAACAGAAGUACAUUGAAGAGGAAAACAGACUCUCUAAACAGCUGCUACUAAGAAACUUUAUCAGAAUGAAACGUUGUGUCAUGGUGCUGGUAAAUGCUGCAUACUACGUUAAUAGUUGCUUUGAUUGGGAUUCACCCCCAAGGAGUCUCGCUGCUUUUGUGCUCUUUCUCUUUGUUGUCUGGAACUUUGAGCUCUACAUGAUACCACUGGUUUUGUUGUUACUAUUGACAUGGAACUACUUCUUGAUAAUAUCAGGGAAAGAUAACAGGCAACGUGAUACAGUAGUGGAGGACAUGCUAGAGGACGAGGAAGAAGAAGAUGACAAAGAUGACAAGGACAGUGAAAAAAAGGGAUUUAUAAAUAAAAUCUAUGCCAUCCAGGAGGUUUGUGUCAGUGUCCAGAACAUCCUAGAUGAAGUGGCUUCCUUUGGCGAAAGGAUAAAGAACACUUUCAACUGGACCGUCCCAUUCUUAAGCUGGCUGGCCAUUGUAGCCCUCUGUGUGUUCACAGUCAUCCUGUACUGCAUUCCGCUCAGAUACAUUGUCCUUGUCUGGGGCAUCAAUAAAUUUACAAAAAAGCUUCGGAGUCCAUAUGCAAUUGAUAACAAUGAACUACUUGACUUCCUUUCCAGAGUCCCUUCAGAUGUACAAGUGGUGCAAUACCAAGAACUGAAACCAGAUCCUUCUCAUAGCCCAUAUAAAAGAAAGAAAAACAAUCUUGGCUAGCCAGCUUCCAGCACUGAGGAGACCAGCAUCUGUUUGGGAAGAUAAAAGAAAAAGCCCUCAGCCUGAGCAGCAUUUCCUUUCUUUCAGAUUUUUAUUUAUUUUGCCUUUUUAUCAUGAUCGAGAGAAUUUGUAAAUAGUGUACAAAGGCAUAUGUCUUUGAAAAUAUACUUCUAUUGUACAGACUCAACUUGAUAAAGGUUUUGCUACUGCUGUGUGAAAGCCUUGUUAGCUGUGGAAAAUAAUAUAACACACUGAAAGAACAAAUAUAAGAAUGAUAACACUGGAAGAUAUAUCCUUAUCUAAUUACAAGUGGAUUACUCACCUGUGCUCUGAUUAAAUCUACAUCAAUUGUAAAUGUCAAUUUGAUUUUAAUGUUUUUUUUUUAAUGUGACUUUUUUAUCUGAAAAGUAAUCCAUUACAGUUUUCUAUGUUUUAUACAUUUCAAAAGGGAGGGAAAUACCAAAGCCUAAAUAAUGGAAUGGAUGCAUUUCAAUUUAACAUAUAUUCUGGCUUUAGAUCCCGACAUUCACUCCUGUGCAAAUUACUUAGGUAUGACUAGGCUGAUUUUAAGCUAAUAAGUGAAGGUACAUUCACUCCCUCAAGAGAAUCAAUACUCAGAAGGUUAGAAAGUUUUCUUUAUAGAAUUUCAAUCAUUCCAUCUAAAACCUUAAAAUCUCUACAGGACUACACAACAUAAAUACUGCCAGUUUAUAAACGAUUGCCUAUCUGAAUUUUUAUACCUACCACUUUAAUUUAUACAUAGUUAGCAAAUUAGCAACCCAGUAAGUACAGUUAUCAAAAAUACUAGCAAACUACAUCCAUAUCGCUUUUGGUGUCAGAUUGUAUCUGUGCAUCUAAAAAUAUAUUAAUACUCAAGUGCUCUCAGAAAAAAAAAACACUCUGCUUUCUCAUUAGAUUACUGAAAUGCUUUAAUUCAUACUAUGAUUUUGUUAUUAGUGUGAAUUUUAAUGUAGAGAAUUCAGUGUGCUAAGUGAUAUGCCAGUGCUUCACUACAUUCAUUUAUUAAAAAAAAUCAUUCUUGAUUAUGCAUGAAAACCUGUUUUGUAAAAUAAACUGCUUGGGGGUGGUGGUUGCCUUUAUCAAUGUUUCACUAUUAUCAUAGAAUCUAUACUUAAAAAUUGCAUUCCCAAGACUCUUAAAGUAGUUUUUGUAUCUCACUCCCUGGUAUACUAAGGGAGCAUAACUGUGGAAAAAAAAUAACUUGGUUGGUUGAGAAUGUAUUACUUCCCUGACUUGGUAGGGGAUUACACUCAGUUGAAAUUGCAGCAGACAAUGCUUUGCACUACUUUAUUAAUAAUAAACUUGGAUAGGGUAAAAGUGAGGGUUAUACUGGAAAAACUAUAGAAAAGCUAAAAGAAUGUAUAUUUCACUCUAAAGAAAGAUUCUUUAACAAUAAGUGUAAUCUCAUUGAAGCUGAUUUUUAAAGUAUUUUUAUUUUAGAGAUAAGUUGUUAAAUACUAUUUCUUAUAAUAGAACUAUUUUGAUCUGUUUAUAUACUAUGCUUGAAUGUCAAUUAAAUUCCCUUUCUACAGAAAGGCUUUGACCUCAACAUGCUUUAUUUAAUGUAUGUUUAAAAUGACAUGCUUCAGCCCGCAUACCAUCACUGUUUGUUGCUAAAAACAUAAUGUUCCAUGAACAUGGUGUUACUACACAAAGUUUAUUGAUGAGAUAACUGUUCAAUUAUACCUUAUGUGAGACUUUUAUGUUCUGUGCUGACAAUGUGUACUCAAAUGUCUAUAAGCCUGAUAUUCUACAACCUCAGAUGUAUCUAGUGGAUAGUAACCAUUAACAGAUGACUAAUUUGUUUGUUUCACUGUAUCAAAUUUCAGAUGUUUAGUUCAAUGGUAAUGUUGACUACACAUUCACUGCAUUAAAUACAAAAGACAAUAAUCUUUCCCAUGUA